GACGUAGAGCUGGAGGCGUUGGCCGCUGUCGGUGUUUCUGGAGAACCGGAGACGGACAACACGACCUUUACAAAUACCGCUAUUCUUCGAGCGAAGCCGGACUCGACCCAGUGAAACACUCUGACCUGUAGUUUUUAUUUCUACCUCCACUUCAGUCACUUGCCCGAACCUGUCGAAAUGAUCAAAAACGGUCACCACGCCAACGACGACCAGCGAGACGAAGCCGGUUGCAGUAAACCGGGAGGAGGUUCCGUGUGCAGCCCGGAGAAAAGGAAGCGGGUGGUCCGGUUGUGGUGUGACGGCUGUUAUGACAUGGUGCACUACGGUCACUCCAACCAGCUGCGGCAGGCCAAAGCAAUGGGAGAUUACCUCAUAGUUGGAGUGCACACAGAUGCUGAGAUUUCCAAGCAUAAGGGUCCUCCGGUCUUCACUCAAGAAGAGCGCUACAAGAUGGUGCGGGCCAUCAAGUGGGUGGAUGAGAUAGUAGAAGGAGCGCCUUACGUCACCACCCUGGAGACUCUGGACAAGUACAACUGUGACUUCUGUGUGCACGGAGACGACAUCACGCUGACGGUAGAUGGUAAGGACACAUAUGAAGAGGUGAAGCGCGAAGGCCGUUACCGGGAAUGUAAGCGCACGCAGGGCGUCUCCACCACUGACCUGGUGGGACGAAUGCUGCUCAUGACCAAAGCCCAUCACAGCAACAUGGAUAACCCAGAUUACCAGCAGCAUACAGACAACUUUGGAAAAGGUCCUAAAGGCCACAGUCCAUGGACAGGAGUGUCUCAGUUCCUCCAGACGUCCCAGAAGAUCAUCCAGUUUGCCUCAGGAACGGAGCCUCAACCCGGAGACACCAUCAUCUAUGUGGCCGGGGCAUUCGACCUCUUCCACAUUGGCCAUGUUGACUUCUUAGAGAUGGUCUAUAAGCAGGCGGAGAGGCCCUACGUCAUUGUAGGUCUGCACUUUGACCAGGAAGUGAAUCGGUACAAGGGGAAGAACUAUCCAAUCAUGAACAUCCACGAGAGAACGCUGAGUGUCCUGGCCUGUCGGUAUGUGUCAGAGGUGGUGAUUGGAGCACCCUAUGCAGUGGGCAAAGACCUGCUGGAUCAUUUUAAGGUGGACCUGGUGUGUCAUGGCAAGACGGAGGUGUUUCCAGACAAGGAUGGGUCAGACCCCUACGCUGAGCCUAGGAAGAGGGGGGUAUUCAAGACCAUCAAUAGUGGGAACAAUCUCACCACUGAUGACAUUGUCCAGAGGAUAAUUGAAAACAGGCUGCAGUUUGAAGCCAGGAACCAAAAGAAGGAGGCCAAGGAGAUGGCGGUGAUCGAGGCGAUGAAGAGGAAAGAACAGCAGGACCAAAGUGAAGCUGCAGCCCAGGCUGCUCACUAGUUAGACCUCAGACCUUGUUCUGUGUCUUCCGCAUCCUGGUACACACAGCUUUAAGAGAGUGGACACAACUGACCCAGAUGGAUGGUCCAUGUUGUCCUAAACUGGACCUGGCUGGGUGAAACAACCCAGGAGGAGGGCAGUCAGUCUCUACCAGUCAACAGUGUGUCAUACACGCUGCUAGUUUAGCUUCUCUCUGUCUUCACUUAUACAGACUACUCCAGCCUAGAAUACAUCUGCCUCGACAAGAACACAAAGAAUCCGAACACGUAACAUGCUACCAUUCAACCUGCAAAGUCCCCUCAAACCCCUCAUUCUCCACAGAGAACUUUUAAUGUUAUCUUCUCUCAUGUAUUGUUUUUGUCACGGAAAUCACACACUACAUGUUCCGGUAUAGACGUAGAAGGGGUAUAUUAAAUUUGUAAUAAGCCAUAACUUAAUGUCUGUAAUAUUUUUAGAUUUUAAAGCAUAUUUUAAUGAUCAGUCUUAGUGUCAUCAGUAACAUUUUUAAUACACUCAGAAAACGUAGAUGUAUUUUCAUCACUCUCACUAUAUUUUUGUCCAAUCUGAAAAAAUGUUAUUAGUACAUUUAAUGACCUGUGAUGUAGUCUUUUAAUUUUAACUGUGGAUUUUAACUACCAGAAUUUGCACCGUGUGUGUGUGUGUGCGUGCGUGUGAGAGAGAGAGAGAGAGUGAGGUAAGUGAGUAUGUGCGCUGUAAAAGACAGUAGUGCCUCAUUCCCAAAGCUAUCCUGUAACUAAUGUAAGGGCUGUGAAUUGUAUAAAAAAAAAUCUAUACCAGAGUGUCUCUGCAUUUCUCGCUAAAGUUGUAUUUCUUUCCUUAGUCUGCUUUCAAGAAAUUAAAACUAGAAAGUCUUUUCUCCUUCUGACUGUCAAACUGCUUCUGCAACUCUUUAUAGAUUGCAGAAGGUCACUCUGUUGCUUCUCCUGUUGAAUGGGGCAUAGCACCUGGAGGUGAAUUGUUAUUGCUGCGUUUGUAAAUUGUGUCUGUGGGCUGGAAGGCUGAGAAAUAAAUACAUUUCUAAAUGUCAGAUGGUGGGGAUUUUCACAACCUUUCAAUCAAUGUAUCACAAUGUGUAAAUUCCCACUUUAAAUAAAAUAAACUGGUAAUAUGGCA